AUGGCUUCUGCGGAACAACGACAGACUAUUGCGAUGACGAAUGUCAAGACGAAUAUGGGCAAUGUGGAGAUGCUCCCGCGCCAUCAUGCUCGGGCGCGUCAGCAGGGAGAACUGUGGGUUACUAUGAAGCUUGGAGUGUGCAUGUCGAAGACACCUAGCGACUUGGACGCUACUGGCUUCACGCAUCUAGUCUUCGCAUUCGCAUACUUCCACCCAACGACAUUCCAGAUCACGCCCAUGGACGCUGCCGACAUUCCUUUAUAUUCCGAGUUCACAGGUCUGAAGUCAAGAAAGGCUUCCUUGCGGACAUGGAUAGCAAUUGGAGGCUGGAGCUUCAAUGACCCCGUCAAUGUACCUGAUACUCAAAGGGCAUUCAGCGACAUGUCUUCUUCAUCAGAGAGUUGCGCUGCUUUCAUUCGAAGCUGUCUUCAAUUCAUGCAGACGUAUGGAUUCGAUGGAGUUGAUCUCGAUUGGGAGUAUCCAGGUGCUUGGGAUCGGGGAGGAAUCAAUGCCGAUACCCAAAAUCUCGUGUCCCUAUUGCAAGAGAUGCGAGCAGCCUUCGGCAACUCAUACGGUAUUAGCUUGACCCUGCCGUCAAGCUUCUGGUAUCUUCGAUGGUUCGACAUCAAUGGCAUGCAAGAUUAUGUGGACUUCUACAAUUUCAUGUCUUACGACAUCCACGGUGUUUGGGACUCUACGAACAAGGAGACCGGCCCAUACAUCAGACCACACACUAACCUCACCCAGAUCAAGUAG